UCAUUCAUCGCAAUGUCUGACGAAAGUGCACGGACUACAUUCCUCCAAUACCCCUCAGCUCAAGCGUACAACAAGCUAUACCAAGCUCCACCGCCUUACAACAACCCUACCGUAAAAGGCUAUACCCUUCAUUACCUUGCAGGCCUUGUCACUACCUUACCUCUCGUGCCUUACGUACUUUGGAGAAAUGCGGGAUUUGGGUCGUUGCGAGCUCUGAAAGAGCUGGGCGAUGUUGAACCGCGAUACGAUCCCACUGUCAUUCCCGUGUCCUCAGGCCACAGCUCGUAUCCCCUCGAAUACACCAAACCCGACCCUUCCGCGUUACGUACUUUGCCGAACAAUACUCCCGGUCGAUUCUACACAAUCGCCGAUUAUCACGAAGCUUACCGUUCUGGCCGCUUGACCCCUCGAGAUGUCGUCGAAUUCCUCUUACCAUUGAUCCGUCGAGAUGUUGGGAAACACACCCCGUAUACCGCCGCGUUUGUUGAUAGUAAUGUGGAACUCAUAAUGGCAGCCGCGGACGCUUCUACAAGGAGGUGGCAAGAGGGAAAGCCAUUGGGUGUAUUGGACGGCAUUCCCUUCUCGGCGAAGGACGAGGUUGACGUGAAAGGAUACAAGAGGUAUGUCGGUACGACAAAGGAUUAUACAGGGGGAAAGGAGGUAGAGACAAGUUGGUGUGUAAAGAAGGUAGAGGAAGAAGGGGGAAUCAUGAUGGGAAAGAACAAUAUGCAUGAGAUGGGAAUGGAUACAAACGGGAAUAACCCUAACUGGGGCACUCCUCUCAAUCCUUACAACUCGCAAUACUACCCCGGAGGUUCUACAAGUGGAGGCGCGUCUGCUGUGGGAUCAGGUCUCGUCCCGUUCGCUAUAGGAUCCGAUGGUGGCGGUUCCAUUCGCAUUCCCAGCAAUUACUGCGGGCUCUAUGGCCUCAAAACCUCACACGGUCGCGUUUCAGUAUCUCCAUUGCCCCGCUCCGGAAACACAGUCGUUAUCAAUGGACCCAUCGCAAGCAACAUGUCCGACCUAGAGAUCUAUUACCGAGUACUAGCCCAACCCGAUCCAUCGAAUCUCACCUCGCGCUGCUUCGCACCCCCUAAGCCUGUCACUGCCCCACGCAAGAAGGUCCUAGGAAUCUGCAAACCAUGGUUCGACCGCGCGGUCCCUGCUGUACAGGAAGCAUGCCAGUCCGCGCUGCAGUACAUGACAACGGAGCUAGGCUACACAAUAGUCGACAUCGACAUCCCGUAUCUCCAUGAGGGACAAAUUGCUCAUGCCUUGACCAUCCUUUCUGAAGUUUUAGCCGAACAGCCAGAUUUGAGCAUCUUGACGGCGCCAAAUCGCGUCUUGCUUAAGGUCGCGCAGUCCAGCACCGCGCACGAUUUCAUCAUUGCACAGAAAGUUCGACAUGCUGUUAUGCAGCACCUCGCUCAUCUGUUUCAGAAAUACCCUGGUCUAGUCAUUGUUACGCCCACGACGCCGAAUGCUGGGUGGCCUAUUGGUGACGGCGAGGCUACAUUUGGUGUUACGGAUGGCAACAUGCAAGUCUUUAAUAUGGAGUAUGUGUGGAUGGCCAACUUCACCGGUGUACCUUGUAUCCAGUUUCCUGUGGGUUAUGUCGAUGGUGUAAAGGGUACAGGCAAGGUGCCUGUCGGCAUGAUGGGUCAUGGAGAUUGGGGAAGUGAAGAUAGCCUAAUUGAGUUCGGGUUUGAUGGCGAAGCGUGGUUGAAUAAAGGCUAUAAUGGAGGUAAGUUGAGACCGGAAGCGUGGGUGGACGUUUUGGAAGGAAGUGAGAAAGGGCGAGCUGUCGAAAACUCGUUUCAAUAG